AUGCUGAAGUGCACCCAGUUUGGCACCUCGGCAAAGGCGCUCUCGAAGCGGCCAUCCAGCUUCGAUUUGCGUCGCGGCAAUCCGCGCGCGGGCAAAGGUCUCAGCCACGCCUGCUCAUCUGGUGUCCGAAGCACCCUUCAGGCGGGCUGCGAGGAGGCCGACUGGCGGAAUGCAGGGGGUGUAGGCAUCGGGGCGAUUUGCGGCCGCUCUGCCAACUCCUGCUCCGGAACCGGCGGCGCCGGCGGCGCUGCUGCCGCCCACAUUCUCGGCUACCAGAGUACCUCAGCCUGCGUCGGCGGUGGUGGUGGCAGUAGCAGCAGCACCUUCGCCAGCGGCGUUAGCCGUCCCUGUCGGAACUCCCUCCGGCCCGGCGGCUAUUUGGUUCCCGCGUAUGGUGCCUGUACGGCAAGUCCGACGGCGGCGGAGCCAUCUUGCGCUCCCGCCGGCGGCGGCGGCGGCAGCGGCAGCAGUAAUGUUGCCGGCGGUGGCGGAUCCGCUAUGCUUGGACGGAAGUUGGGGCUGGGCCUUCCGCACCGUCGGUUCCGCGCGGCUCAGGCGGCAGGUUUGGUUGCCGUACACUCUGCCCGCCACGCCGCCGCGGGGCUGUGGCUCUCAACGGAGGACAUGAUCGCGGCGCUCACCCUCAGCGACAGGCAGAUGCCGCAGCAGCAACAAGUUUCGGCGCCGCGCGCACCUGCCUGGCCGUCAGGGGCCCAGCCUGGCGGUGGCGGUAGCGGCUUCGGGCCGGGUCAUAACGCCAGCACCGGGGGCACAUGCCGGCCGCAGCAGCAGUUGACGGCGGUGCCGCCGCCGCCGCCGCCGCCGGCGACGACGACGAGCGUCAGGGGGAAUGACGGCGGCGGCUCUCCCUCGAGAAUAGCACGUCCGUCGUGUGUUGAGGCGGGAAGCAGGCAGCGCCUGCAGCAUGAACAGCAAUGGCUGUGUGGCUCUGCACCUGCGGCUUCGCUGUCCUUUGGCGUCUAA